UUCUUCGUUUAGGUUUAUUAUACUUGUUUUCUUGAGCUAUUUUUUGUUUCAGUUUUUUUAUUAUUUCAUUUGUUGUUUGUUUGUUUGUAGGAUCAGAUCUUUGAGACAAGCUCAAAAUGAGUAAGCUUCAGAGUGAGGCCGUGAAAGAAGCCAUAACUGUAAUCAGAGGCAAAUCCGAAGAUAAGAAACGCAACUUCGUUGAGACUCUCGAGCUCCAGAUUGGUCUCAAGAACUAUGACCCUCAAAAGGACAAGCGUUUCAGCGGCUCCGUCAAACUACCUCACAUUCCACGUCCCAAGAUGAAAAUCUGCAUGCUCGGAGACGCUCAGCACGUCGAGGAGGCUGAGAAAAUGGGGCUAGACUAUAUGGACGUGGAGUCUCUCAAAAAGCUCAACAAGAACAAGAAGCUAGUCAAAAAGCUUGCCAAGAAGUACCACGCCUUCUUGGCCUCGGAGUCUGUCAUUAAGCAGAUUCCUCGUCUUCUUGGUCCUGGUCUCAACAAGGCAGGCAAGUUCCCGACGCUCGUGAGUCACCAGGAAUCGCUGGAGGGGAAAGUGAAUGAAACCAAAGCUACUGUAAAGUUUCAGCUGAAGAAGGUUCUGUGCAUGGGUGUUGCUGUUGGUAACCUCUCCAUGGAGGAGAAGCAGAUUUUUCAGAAUGUUCAGAUGAGUGUUAACUUCCUUGUCUCUUUCUUGAAGAAGAACUGGCAAAAUGUGAGGUGUUUGUACCUCAAGAGCACAAUGGGACCACCUCAAAGAAUCUUCUGAGCUCUUGCAGCUCCGUCAAUGGUGGCUAGAUACACCUGCACUCUUGUUUUUAAAUUGCAGACAUAUAGUUAAGAAAUGUGUUGGAGUGACUUUGUUUGAUGGAUUUUGUAGCUUAUAUAUUAUCUUGAAUUACUUGUUCAUGAAUAUUCAACAAACAAAGAAUUUUCUAAACUAAAAAAAUUAUAUGCCAAAGCAUAACAUAUCUCUCCAGAUAUGCUUCAUUAUAUGUUUUUUUUUCUCAAACUUCUACUUUGUAUUAACCAAAUUGUUUAAACACAUACAAGAUCAUUCUCCACGUAAGAUUUCAACCAUACUAUAUGCUUCAUUAUAUGUUUUAAACUUUACAAAAAAUUUUUUUAGAAAAAUAUAGAUUUGAAAUUUUUUUAGGACAUCUUGGAAGUACUAAUAUAUAGGUUUGAGAAAUUUUUUACGAUAGUCAUUUUAAGUUUUUGUUACAAAAAUUGUAAAAAUAGUUCUAUAUGAAAAAAAUGA